AGAUGGAGAGGGUGGUUCCACCCGGCUCCUCCUCCGGCUGCCCCGGCUCCUGGGACGGGAGGGACGGGGGAGCCUGCCUGCUAAAGGUCAGAUGAGCCCCUGGCAGUGGGAUCCCCUCAGCAAGCCGGUGCCACGUCCUCUCCAGCUGACAGAUCAGCGCUAAAGGGAACCGUGGAGCUGUGACUGCAGUGGCAGGGGUCACCUGGCUUGAUUUGUCACCAUGAGCCUCUUGCCGUUUGAGUCCAUCUGCAUUUUCCUGCUUCCCCAAAUUUUGCUGGUGUCAGGUAUACAAGAAAUUCAUGCUGACCAGGAGAAGAUCAGCAAGAUCUCAGCUGCUGGCCAGUUGAUGCAGUGCUCGGCUUCAGUAGAUGUCCUUUUCCUCUUGGACGGCUCCUACAGCAUUGGCAAAGGAAGCUUUGAAAGGUCUAAGGUCUUAGCAAGCAGGCUCUGUGAUGCCUUGGAUAUCCAUCCAAACAGGGUCCGUGUGGGAAUGAUACAGUUUAGCUCAACUCCUCACCUUGAAUUCCCACUGGAUUUGUAUCUGACCAAGCAAGAAGUGAAAGAGAGAAUCAAGGGGAUUGUGUUCAGAGGUGGGAGCACAGAGACAGGUCGGGCUCUGAAGUACAUUCUCCGCAAAGGAUUUCCUGGGGGUAGAAACUCGAGUGUCCCUGAAGUCCUGAUCAUCAUUUCAGAUGGGAAGUCCCAGGGCAGCACUGCGAUGCCUGCCAUGCAGGUGAAGGAGAGACACAUCACGGUGUUUGCAGUGGGAAUCAAGUUUCCAAGGUGGGAGGAGCUGCAUGUGCUGGCUAGCGAGCCCACCGAGCAACACGUGCUCUUCGCUGGAGAUGCCGACGAUGCUGCAAAUGGUCUGUACAGCACCCUCACCAGCUCUGUCUGCAGUGCCACCACUCCAGGCUGCAAAGUUGAAUCGCACCCUUGUGAACGCAGGACUCUGGAGACUGUGAAAGAACUGGCUGGAAAUUAUGUGUGUUGGAAGGGCUCAAAGCAGCCAGACGCAGUGCAUGCGUCACUGUGCCCUUUCUACAGGUGGAAGAGAGUCUUAGUAAACCACCCAUCCAGAUGCUUCCGAACUGUAUGUCCAGACCCUUGCGAUUCCCAGCCAUGCCAGAACGGGGGCACAUGUGUCCCAGAGGGACUGGACAAGUACCGCUGCCUCUGCCCGGUGGGGUAUGGAGGAGACAUCCACUGUGCACCAAAGUUGAGUCUUGACUGUGGUGUGGAUCUCCUUUUCCUCUUGGACAGCUCAGCAGGAGUCACACUGGAAGGGUUCCUGCGCUACAAGGCGUUCCUCAAGAGGUUCCUUCAAGCAGUGAUGGGCCAGGAUUCACCCAUGAAUGUGGGGGUGGCCCAAUACGCUGACAAUGUCAAGAUACCCAUUGCAGUGGGCCGACACAAGGAUGUGUUCAGUCUCAUGAAGAGCAUCGAUGCUUUGAAUUUUAGUGGAGGAGGAACCCUGACAGGCAGAGCCCUGCAUUACAUUGUGCGGCAUGGUUUUAGAACCCCAGUCCUUGCAGAUGUGCAGGGUGAUCUCCCACAUGUGGUUGUCUUGCUCACUGACUCCAAAUCCCAGGAUCCAGUGGCAGAAGCUGCUAAGUAUGCAAGGGACCAAGAUCUCUUCUUGAUUGGUGUAGGCAGCAGCUUCAUGAGAGCAGAGCUGAUCAAGGUGACCGGCAAUCCAAAGCAGACAAUUGUCUACUCGGACCCCCAGGACCUGUUCAACAGGAUCCCAGAACUGCAGAGAAGAAUCUGCAAUGUGGACAAUCCUGAAGGCUGCCAGGCACAGUCUCUUGAUUUGGCAUUUGCGGUAGAUGCCUCGGCUGGAGUUGGCCUGGAGAAUUUCCUGCGGUUGAUGAACUUUGUCAGGAGCAGCUGUUUGCACUUCAGCAUCAACAGGGAUGUCACCCAAAUUGCCCUUGUGAUCUACAGCAGCAAAGCUCACACUGUAUUCGCUUUGGACACUCACACAAGCAAUUCAGCAGUCCUCCAAGCCACCAACCAGGUGCCUUUCCUCGGAGACUCAGCCUUUGCUGGCAGAGCUUUGUUGCAUAUUUACGCUGAUGUGAUGACAGUGCAGAAAGGAGCAAGACCUGGUGUCAACAAGGUGGUGGUGAUGCUCACAAGUGGAGGCGACUUGGAGGAUGCAGCUGCCCCAGCUCAGCAGCUGAGGGACAACGGCAUCUUGGUGUUUGUGGUUGUUGUUGGGGAUGCACAGAGGGACACGCUGCUGAGGGUUGCUGGGUCUCCCAACUACCUGGUCCACAUCUCCUCCUAUGAAGACCUGCAGUAUUACCAAGACCUUAUCAUUGAACGGAUCUGUGAAGACGCAAAAAGCCCCGUGAACCUUUGCAAACCCAACCCGUGCAUGAACCAGGGCGUAUGCAUCCUCGGGCCUGGGAGCUACCGAUGCGAAUGCCGUGGCUGGGAAGGACCCCACUGUGAGAGCAGAGUACCCCGAGGUGAUUCUCCGAGAUCCCCAGUCCUUCCUCUUCACUCUCACGUGCAGUGGAGUCCGGGUGGUCUGCAGCGCUUCUCCAGAACCUCCCAGCACACAAAAAGGCGAACAGAUCAGAGACAGUGAUGCGCUGAGUGCUGCAAUUCUCCAGCUGGGAAUGCUUACUGCCACUUGCAGGCAAGAUCCUGCGAGCAACCAGUGACCUUGGCAGUGACGGAGUUGCUCCUGCACAGGGACUGUGCUGAGGCCAAUCCCAGUUCCUGCUUUGCACAAACUGGCUUU